ACACAUCACAUGACCCGCUCUCAUCCAGACUGCAUGCAGUUUGGUAUUAAAAUGUUUUCAGUGCCACCAACCUUUGUGUUGUUACACAUUUGAGAUGAGACACACACGCUGAGCUGUGUGUGUGUUUUUUAACGACUUAUACCAUCCAGCCACAGAUAGCCGGGGGCUUGUCGGUGAAGCUGUUAUUUUGUCUUGUCCACACACAAAAAAAGAAAAAAAAAAAAAAAAAAAAGAGGAGCGACUGACUGUGGACACACAGCGCGAGCUACACAGCGCGAGCGAGCUACAGCUAACGGUCAGGUCGGACGGCGGCGAGCGAGGCCCCAAAAACCGGGACGGGAACACGGGGGGAAACCAUGGCCAACAUCGCAGUGCAGAGGAUAAAACGAGAAUUCAAGGAGGUGUUGAAAAGCGAAGAGACGAGCAAAAACCAGAUAAAGGUGGACCUGGUGGAUGAGAACUUCACAGAACUUAAAGGGGAGAUAGCAGGGCCACCUGACACACCGUAUGAAGGGGGUAGAUAUCAACUAGAAAUUAAAAUUCCAGAGACGUAUCCAUUCAAUCCACCCAAGGUGCGGUUUAUCACAAAGAUCUGGCAUCCCAACAUCAGCUCAGUCACAGGUGCAAUAUGUCUGGACAUUCUCAAAGACCAGUGGGCAGCAGCUAUGACACUGAGGACGGUUCUCCUGUCACUACAAGCCUUAUUGGCAGCCGCAGAACCAGAUGAUCCACAGGACGCAGUGGUAGCCAAUCAGUACAAGCAGAACUCAGAGAUGUUCAAACAGACAGCGAGGCUUUGGUCUCACGUCUAUGCAGGCGCUCCCGUCUCCAGUCCGGAGUACACACGCAAAAUAGACAAACUCUGUGCCAUGGGCUUUGAAAAAAAUGCAGUAAUAGUGGCGUUGUCAUCGAAAUCCUGGGAUGUGGAGACAGCGACAGAGCUACUGCUCAGUAACUGAAUCUUGACACCCUCUUCGUCUUCCUCUUGAUCCCUAUCUCUUCCCCCCCACCCAUACAUUCACACUCUCUCUCCUCUCAAGGCGUCUUUUUCCCCUGUGGCACCCUCUGUUUCACAUUGGACUCCACACCUCCAUGCUACCCUUCUUCUUCAAUCUCCCCUCCCCCAUUUAUCCCCUCUGUGUGGCAUCUCUCCUCCUUUCUCAUCACCUCUACUGUACCACACUCCAAUCAGUUGCUCUGCGAGCUCUUGUCUCCAGUUUCUUUAAGUUCAGUCUACAUUCCACUCAGUGCUACAAUCAGAAGUUCAACCACAUCUCACCCACCCCCCUUUUUGAAGCAAAUGCCAGAAUUAAGACCCCCGCCCAUGCCUGCCAGUUUCCCAGCUUCCCUGGCUGUGUCCAAGAAGCGGCUGUCAGUGGUUUUCUUGCCUAUGCAGUGCAUUUACUUUCAUUUUGAAAAUCUUCUAUAGGAGAGAGUCAAGCCAUUCUAGGAGGCUCCUUUGGAUCUGGUUGUGAUUUUUACACACUUUUGGGAUGUUUUCUAAACAGGGAUUGAGCCAUGUCCUAGACUAACCACAUUUUAAAAUUGAUAUCUCUUUUAAAAUUGUAUUGCACUCAUCCUUACACAAUAAAAUUUGUACUUAUCCUUUAAACAGGAUAUUCCUAAAAGAGGAAAGGAAACAGUUUUGGUGUUACUUUUUCGUUUGACGUUCUUUUGGUAUUAAAUGAUUAUUGAUUGAUUAUUUGAAAAUAUUGGUAUUUUUUAUUUAAAAGAAUUUGCCGUCAAAAUUUCAUAUGAAGGGAAUCGAUGAGAGCGGUUGCGAUUGUCUUGCAGUGACUAUAUGCGUCCUGCGUCCAAGAUGCCAGCGUGCCACUAAGUUGAAAUUCCAAAGCCUUUUUACAAAAGUUAUCUUCUAUCGCUGAAGGUUUUUGAGGUGAUGACGAAGUGAGUAAAUUUUUUUUUUUCUUACAAUUUGGAAAGUAAAUAAAGUUCACUGGGUAGCAGAUGUCAAAAGGCUUACUCCCUGUUCUGGAAAACAGCUCCUAAAGUGUCACUGAGGUGUUCACACAGUAGCCAUACUCAUUUUCAUGUCAUGUUUUCCCCUCGACUCUCUGACAAACCCAAAGCUCCUGCAGAAACCCCCACCCCCCAUCCCCACCCCCCCACCAGCGACCAAUCCCCACACUUGCUCUUGACACGGCUUACUUCACCCGUACUUCUUCCCACAUUUUAAAAACAUUUUCUUUUUUUCUUUUUUGGUUUUGGCCUCCUGCAGGAAUACAUUUGGAUUCUUGUUUUUAAACUUAGUGAAAACAGAACAAACAACAACAAAAAAAAUCAUGUUCAGCUGUAACACGACGUGUCACAAGUCCGGGUGGAAAUAGUUAAAAAAUGAGUUUGAAAAAUAUUGCAUCAUCUUAACUACGCCAACAGAUAAAUAUGUCAAAAUGAUUCAUCUGUAAAUAAAGAUAUUAAAGUCUGUGUAAAUUAAUCCA